UUUAUGACGUCAUCACAACAGGAAAUAACAGAGGCAGAGCAGUGUGGAAGGGAAAAAAUGAGUGUACUGUAAAUCAGUGUGUCUGUCAGGGAAGCGGCUCCCCUUCUGCCAGCGCCCAUGGCCGCCGCUCAGGAACAACACGCCUCAUUUAGGAAGAAAUAAACCCGACGGACGAGGCUUUGUUGCCUCGACUUCCUGCUGCACCGGUUACCUAUGAUGGAGCGGGCGAUGGAGCAGCUGAACGUACAGCUCAACCGGCUUACCCGUUCCCUCCGCAGGGCGAGGACCGUGGAACUCCCGGAAGACAACGAGACCGCAGUGUACACACUAAUGCCGAUGGUCAUGGCUGACCAGCACAGGUCAGUGUGUGAGUUGUUGCUCAACUCCAAGUUUGAUGUGAACUAUGCCUUUGGACGGGUGAAGAGAAGUCUGCUGCACAUCGCCGCAAACUGUGGCUCAGUGGAGUGUCUGGUUCUACUGCUGAAGAGAGGAGCCAACCCAAAUUAUCAGGACAUCUCAGGCUGUACCCCUCUGCACCUCGCUGCUAGGAAUGGACAGAAAAAGUGUAUGGGCAAACUAUUGGAGUAUAAUGCUGAUGUUAACAUCUGCAACAACGAGGGUCUGACUGCUAUCCACUGGUUGGCUGUGAAUGGGCGGACGGAGCUUCUCCAUGAUCUGGUCCAGCACGUGUCCAAUGUGGAUGUGGAGGAUGCCAUGGGGCAGACAGCUCUGCAUGUUGCCUGUCAGAACGGACACAAAACUACGGUGUUGUGUCUUCUGGACAGUGGAGCUGACAUCAACCGGCCAAAUGUGUCUGGAGCCACGCCUCUUUACUUUGCCUGCAGCCAUGGCCAAAGAGACACAGCACAGAUCCUGCUCUCUCGAGGUGCCAAAUACGUGGCUGACAAGAAUGGAAUCACUCCUCUGGAUCUCUGUGUCCAGGGUGGAUAUGGGGAAACAUGUGAGAUUCUCAUCCAGCAUCACAGCAGGCUGUUCCAGACCCUCAUUCAGAUGACGCAGAAUGACGAUAUUAAAGAGAACAUGCUCAGGCAGGUUCUGGAGCAUGUCUCUCAGCAGAGUGACAGUCAUUACCAGAGGAUCUUGACCAGUCUUGCUGAAGUGGCUACCACCAAUGGACACAAGCUUCUCAGCCUGUCCAGCAGUUAUGAAGCUCAGAUGAAGAGCCUGCUGAGAAUUAUACGUAUUUUCUGCCAUGUGUUCCGCCUGGGACCUUCAUCACCCAACAACGGCAAUGACAUGGGCUACAAUGGCAACAAGACACCUCGCAGCCAGGUCUUUAAGCCGCUGGAGCUGCUGUGGCACUCCCUUGACGAGUGGCUGGUGCUCAUCUCCACAGAGCUGGACAGGAACAGAAAGAACCCAUCUUCCUCUUCCUCCAGCAGUGAGAUAGCCUCCUUGCUUCUCAAACAGCGCGAGGUCGACCACUCUGGCUCUACACCCAAGCUCCCCCCUUUGCUGGACCGUCAGAUCGUCAUGGAAACCGAGGCGUACGCCGAUGGAGAGGAUGUUAUCUCCAUGACAGCCAAUCGUCUCAGCGCUGUGAUCCAAGCCUUCUAUAUGUGCUGCUCCUGUCAGAUGCCACAAGGAAUGACGUCUCCUCGCUUCAUCGAGUUUGUCUGCAAGCAUGACGAGGUGCUCAAGUGUUUUGUAACCAGGAAUCCAAAGAUCAUCUUUAACCACUUCCAUUUUCUCCUGGAGUGUCCGGAGUUGAUGUCACGCUUCAUGCAUAUUAUUAAGGGCCAACCUUUCAAGGAUCGCUGUGAAUGGUUCUAUGAGCAUCUGCUGGCUGGCCAGCCAGAUUCAGACAUGGUUCAUCGUCCGGUCAACGAGAACGAUAUCCUGCUCAUUCACAGAGACUCCAUAUUCAGGAGCAGCUGUGAGAUGGUAUCCAAGUCCACUAAUGAGAAACUCAAACAGGGCAUUGCUGUUCGCUUCCAUGGCGAGGAGGGGAUGGGCCAGGGCGUAGUUCGGGAGUGGUUCGACAUCUUGUCCAACGAGAUCAUCAACCCAGACUAUGCUCUGUUCACUCAGUCAGCUGAUGGUACCACUUUUCAGCCCAACAGUAACUCCUCGGUGAACCCGGACCACCUAAACUACUUCCGGUUCGCAGGUCAAAUUCUGGGUCUGGCUCUGUACCACCGACAGCUGGUCAACAUCUACUUCACCCGCUCCUUCUACAAACACAUACUGGGCAUCCCUGUGAACUAUCAGGACGUGUCUUCCAUUGAUCCAGAGUACGCCAAGAACCUUCAGUGGAUCCUGGACAAUGACAUCAGUGACUUGGGUCUGGAGCUCACCUUCUCUGUAGAAACGGAUGUGUUCGGAGCGAUGGAGGAAGUGCCGCUCAAACCCGGAGGCACCAGCAUCCUGGUCACACAGGAAAACAAGGCCGAGUACGUCCAGCUGGUGACGGAGCUGAGGAUGACGCGAGCCAUCCAGCCUCAAAUAAAUGCCUUCCUGCACGGCUUCCAUACCUUCAUCCCAGCCUCGCUCAUCCAGCUCUUUGACGAAUAUGAAUUGGAACUCCUACUUUCAGGGAUGCCAGAGAUCGAUGUGCAGGAUUGGUGGAAGAACACUGAGUACACCAGUGGCUAUGACCCUCAGGAGCCGGUCAUCCAGUGGUUCUGGGAGGUGGUGAAGAGUCUGACCCAAGAGGAACGUGUUCUUCUGCUUCAGUUUGUGACUGGAAGUUCCAGGGUUCCUCAUGGUGGCUUUGCCUAUCUGAUGGGGGGCAGCGGUUUACAGAAGUUCACUGUUGCUGCAGUGCCAUACACCUCCAACCUACUGCCUACCUCUAGUACCUGUAUCAACAUGCUGAAACUCCCAGAAUACCCGAGCCAGGAGGUCCUGAGAGACCGGCUGCUGGUAGCAUUGCAUUGUGGGAGCUAUGGGUACACCAUGGCAUAAACAUCAUAUCUGUUCCAGCUGCUGUGUGAGUCUGCAGACUGCAACACUCUAACCUCCUCCACACACACCCUUUUUGUAGUCUGGCACUACUUUUGCUGGACAAGAGAAGGAAAUCCUGGACACAAGAGACUGAAUGGAGCUUCUGGAUCUUAUCUCAUACCUGUGCCAGAAUUUCAGUUUGUUUUUAUUAAAGCAUAAAGAUGUUAUUUAUGCAAAUAAUAAUUGAAUAUCUUUAAAUGUGACUAUUUUCAUGCAUACAUUUAUUGAAAGAGAACAGCAUUUAUACCACAAAUUCUCUAAUGAGAACACAAGACAAUAAUUACAGUAAAAUAUAUUCAUGCAAGUUUUCUGAAUGUUAAAUAUUGAUUUGAUGGAGCAGUAUAGACAUGACCAGUUUCAAACAUACAAUCAAUCAAUCAGGCCCAAAUACUAGCAGACUGAUGUAAUCUACAUGUUGUUUUGUAUCAGUUUUAAGACUUUUUGUUCCCAUUUUUUUCUGUGUCCAUGUGUUAUGUUUUUUUUAUUUUUUUAUUUUGUAGACUAAAUGAUUAUUUGAUUAAUAAUAAUAAUAAUAAUAAUAUCUAUGAUAAUAAAUGAAUGGCCCAUCACAUGUUCAAGCCUAAGCCUUUGUCUAGCCGUCUAACAGUUCAAAUCCCAAAUUCACAAUCGUAAUGCAGGGAAAAAAACGGCCAGUCCUCACAGUUGAGAAGACGCUGCAGCAACUGUGUUUUUAAUCAAGACUAAAAACAUGACCACACAAUGCCAACACUGAGCGCUUUACUGUUUUCUUAUCCGCAGCAGACCGAAGGUAUCGGUUAUCUGCAGUGUAUACCUUUUACAACCUUCAACAUUUGGGAGGACCCAAAACUAGAUGGCCCGGCUUGCUAACUUAAAUACUGAUUCAUAUUCGUGUUACUUGUUGAUCGGGUCAUUUUCACACCUGCUGAUUCACUUGCACCCAUUGGCUGUCCGUCUUUCCUGGGUCCACGCUGUCAUCACAUAUGACUAGACCAGUUAGUUUGUGUGCGAAGACUAGUUAGUUCUCUCACAUCUUUACAAAGGACACUUGAGGUGUCUCUUUUAUUUUGGGGUUAAUUAAUACAAAUAGGACAAGACUGGUACAAUAUACUGCAGGUUGGUUUUGGUAGUUAUUUAAAUGUGGCUACCUUUAGAAGAAUAAAAACAAAGGAAUUCAGUAUUUCUCCACCAGUGUCUUUACCCUCUGUGGUUAAAGAAAGGAGAAAACAGCCUUUAGACUGUCAUCAAUUGAUUUACAGAAAAAUAGAUUAAUAGUUCACUGAAAAAAUCAAAACUAUGUGUUGUGUGAGUUAGGGUGGUGGAUUCAUGAUCUUAUUAUUUCUAAACUUGAUUCUAACGGCCAUUCAAGGUCUGUUGAUUAGGAAUGCUACAGUGCUGGGCCUCGGUGAUAUUUUUAUAUUUAGCAAUCCUUUCAGCAAUCAAAAUUUGGUAUAUUGUCCUUUGACAUGCAGCCAGAGUUGGGGAUCAAGGACCUUCUGAUUGGUGGACAACCCACUUUGUCCAGAGUGGCAAUUACUUACUCCCGGACAUUGGAAUGAAUAGCAGUGAUAGCUUUCUGUUUGUAUUUUUCCCUCUUUACCUGACAUUCACAAGGAGCAAUACAACAUAUCCACAUGACAAAUGUCUGGCUUGCUGUGCCAAAAAAAAUAUUAUCCAGAAUCCUUACAAAUAUAUCAUUUUGUUGAUGUCUUUGCCUGCACAAGCAUGCUGAAAAAUGUGCUUUUAUUCUAAAAGGGAUAUUACCAUGAAGCUUCCCAUCUUUCCGUUUGUGAGCACAUAUUGAAUUCAUAUUUCAUAUUAUGUAUCAUAUCAGUAUUGUUUUGAAUGCCUUACCCGAAAUGCUUUUGUAAACUGAUGUAAAUGUUUAUUGAAAAUGGAGCCUUUAUACUUAUCUCUGUAAAUUUAGUAUCUCUUUACCUCUUUAGUAUCAAGGGAUUUUUUUUUUCUUUUUUUAAAAACAUACAUAUAUGUUGUGCUUUGAGAUUUUAUUCAGUAAAACUUGUUUGGACCUUG